AUGGCCUACCGCGAUCCGACAGAUACAAACACGAAAGAUUCAUCUCAAGAUUGGGUUGGCCUCUUUUUCACCGCCAGAGUCGAGCCACUGAGGGCAAACGGCAGAGAGGGUGAAACUUCAAGGCAUUGGAGGGACUAUGUUUGUUAUGAAGAACUACGACGUAAACGAGGGGCGGGGAUGGCUAUGCGUGCAUUGGGCUUUCCCCUUGCUUUUACUCCGCCGGGCGUUGACGGUUCGCGUGUAUGCAAGGCUAUCAUUCAAGCUAUUACAGCCGUCCACCGGCAGGUAGUAGUUAUUGAAAUAUACAACAAAGUCUGCGUAAUAUCGAUACUGGUACCAAAAAGGAAGCGGGUGGGAAAUGAAAUGGAAAAGGGGUUGGUGAACGCGACAUAUACUCUGCGUCCAACAAGACAACUGGAGCAGGCGUUGUCGUUGGUUGUAGGACGGGCAGGGGUUAGGGGGUGGUAUGGGGAGCAACGGGAAGAGCAGACAGAGGCCAUUUCACGUAGUAACAAGCGGGGCGACAAGACUCUGAUCGUUGGGCGCAAACGAUCAGACGGCGGAUGGGUGAGAGGUUUGAUUACGGCCAGUCAAGCAAUGAUGCUUGAAUCUAUCAUGGAAUUACAUAGGCGGCUUUCAACCUCCUUGAAGUUGUCGGAGUUUUGGGAGACAUUGGUUCAACGUUUGGCGGUAUUGAGCCGCGUAACUAAGGCGAUGGUUGGUGUAGUGGACGUGCUGUUAGUCAGUUCUUCUUCAGCAUCGCAACCCCAGAAGUCAGAAGAAGUGGGUCUCGCUUGA